AUGGCUCUAGAAGGGGUCUCUCUGGCUGUAUUGGAGCUGGUGGGGGCUAUUCGAGCUUCUAAUGGGGAUUGGGUGAAUGGGUUUGUUGCGAAUCUGGGGAGAGCAAUAUUGAAGGAGAUGAGUUUUAUUCUAUCACACACACUGUCAAUGUACCAAGAAGAUUCGAACUUAAGAACACUAGUCUACUAG